AUGCGUCGUUAUUUGAAAAAUUUGAACAACGAUUUUAGGGCCGAGAAGCCCGCUGCCAAGCAGCCUAGCAAAUUCUGUGCGAGCAAAGAUGUGCAAGGAGCUCCGAGCGCCGUCAAGCUUGGUGGCACAAGGAAAAAGUUUUCUUCUUUGCGGGCCACCACGCCCAAGGACGCCCCCUCUCCUGCUCCCUCGGCCGAUCCCGCGCCGGUCGUCGCCAGCGAGGCGGAAGACCAUGAAAACCGCCCCGUUGUGCGCGCCGCCUCCCCUGUCAAAGACGCAGCCAAGGAAUCGGUGACGGAGCCCGCCGCGUCGAUCAGACAGUCGCCGGACUUUCUGGACGACACGCCCAUGGACUUCGCCGUCGUGCCGGUGUUUGAGCCCGGGGUCAAUGGUCUCCGUCUGGAGGACCGCAAGGUCGCCAGCGCGCCGCCUGCCCGGAACAACGCUUUUGCAAAGACCACUCCUAUUGAUAAAGAUCUGGAAGCUUGGCGUUCGGCCUUUGUCCCACCCCAACAAGUACAAAGUCUUCGCGGUGGGUCGGGGGGCAAGUCGCAGACUGGAGCGGCUAUCAGCCGCCCUUCUCCCGGCCCUCCCAGCUUUCAGGAUGCCCGAAUCAAGCAGAUUCGAGAAAAAAUGCUACGAUUCGUAGACAAGCGGGCCGAAGAGAUAGCGAAGAUCUCCGCUGAAGAUUUGGCGCGUCGCCAUGCGGAGGUUGCGGCCGAAAAGGCCGCUAAGCUGGUCAGCGCCGCGGUUCCCGUCGCCCCCGUUGUCUCAGCCAUCCUGGUUCCGACCUCGCGACCCGUUGCGCCGUCUACUGCGGUUCCUAAGCCAAGCCCAAUAGCAGCACCACCUUGCCAAGCCCCGCCGGCACCGCGGGCAAUUUUAAAAUCAGCCCAGCAGAGCUCGUCGGUCGUGCCGACUCGAGCGGGAUCAUCGAAGGCCUGCCCAGCUGUUCCGGCCGCACGACGUUCCGGAAACCCGCCCGACCGCGCCACGGGAGUCCAAGUCUCGUAUUCGAUCACCUCGAAGGAGAUGCCGCAGCCCAUCAUCACGGCAAAUCCCAUCCUUUUAACGGAGAUAGCACCGGUGGUCCCCUCUGUGCAGGAGACCGGAAUGGUUGCUCUGGAGAGCAUCGGUAGGUUGGCCGCCGACGUCGAGCGUGCCCAACAGACAAAGAGGAAGGUUGAAGAGGCCCUCGCCUUACUCCUGAAGGCACAGGCCGAACACGACCAUGCGCAGGCAUUGGUCGUCGAGUCCCAGCAACAAGUCGCCACGUCACUCGCAUCCGUUCGGAAAGCGAAGGACGAACAACAAGAUCUUCAAAACCGCAAGCAAGCCGCGGAGAAGAAGGCACGCCACAACUGGGUCCUGCCGGGGGACAGACCAGUCGUGCCCAACUCCGUAGAUCCCUACACAAGAUACAUGUACCCGGGCUGGUACGGACCCAGCGGGUACCAAGGACACCCCUCCAAUUUCAAGCCCAAUUACCGACCUCGGGGGACCAACGGGCGUACCGGUGGGUACCGUUCAGCGACCCCACGGGUGGCACCGGCUGCCCCUUAA